AUGUCCGCUCAUGAAACGAUAAAGGGACCAACCACCAAUGCCUCUGACCAGGCGGCUGCGGCAGCUAUUAGGGAAAGAGCUGCUGUGUCGGGUAAGACCAUAAGUCCCGAUGCAGGGGAGGAUGCUGAUUUGUUUGGGAAGAUUGCGACGGAAGCCUAUAAUACGAUACCGGGAGUAGAGUUCGAUGGAGGGGCAUUUGAUUGGGGUGUGGAUAAUUCUUUUAAGCAAGCCGUACGCACUGAUUAA